CCCCCGCCCCUCGCGUCAGGCCGCGCCCGGGGCCGCCUCGGCCCCGCCUUGGGCCGCGCUGCCGGAGGCGGGCGGCGGCUGGCGCUGCCAUGCGUUUUCGGGCUAAGAUCGUGGAUCUCGCCUGCCUCAACAACUUCAGCCGUGUAGUUAACACGAUCGCCAAGUUAGCGAAGACCUGCACGCUGCGUCUCACUGCGAGCAAGCUGUAUUUCAUCCUCUGCGAUAAAGUAGCAAAUGGAGGGGUCAGCAUGUGGUGUGAGCUGUGCCAGGGGAAUUUCUUUGAUGAAUUUCAGAUGGAAGGAGUAGCUGCGGAUCACAAUGAAAUCUAUUUAGAGCUCACACCUGAGAAUCUGUCGAGAGCAUUAAAAACUGCCCAGAGUGCGAAGGCAGUGAAGAUCAAGUUGACUAACAAACACUGUCCUUGUCUCAAAGUUUCUGUGGAGCUACCAUCCUUAUCAAGCAGCAGUAGGAUUGUGACACAUGACAUUCCUGUGAGGGUUAUUCCCAGAAGAUUAUGGAAUGACUUCAGGGAGCCCAAUAUUCCAGACUUUGAUGUCAGUAUUUACCUACCAGCACUGAAAACAAUGAAGAGUGUUGUGGAGAGAAUGAAGAAUCUCAGCCAUACCAUUGUGAUUGAAGCAAACUUGAAUGGAGAAAUGAAUUUAAAAAUAGAAACUGAUUUGGUAUCUGUAACAACACACUUUAAAAACUUGGGAAAUCCUCCCUGGGCAUCAGAGGAUGGAUGUCAAAGCUCUGCUCAAGACAGAGAUCUGGAAAGCAUGGCUGAGGCACGCAUAGACAUCAAGAAGUUGCAGCAGCUGCUUGCUGGACAGCAGGUCAAUCCCACAAAAGCCUUGUGCAAUAUCAUAAGUAAGAGAAUCGUCCACUUUGUCUUGCUCCAUGAGGAUGUUUCCCUUCAGUAUUUUAUUCCAGCACUUGCCUGAAUGAUUCAGAAUCAGUCAUUUUCCAACCUGAGGCUCUGUCCACAAAGGGGGAAAAGAAAUAUUGUUACCUGUUUGAGUUGUAUAUAAAUUCCUGACUUUUUUUUUGAUUAUAGACUGCUUGCUCUGUAAAUGUUACUGUACCCCCUGUGGGGGGAAAAGGAUCAUUGUUCUUCAUUUUGUAAAAUGUAAGACAUAAUCAAACAAUUUAGGCAAAUAUAUGCUUUAUACAGUUGUUUUAACCAACUGACACUUGUGCUGCUGAGUCACUAAAUCUGCAGAAAUUUCAGGCAUAAGUGUUCAUCUCCUUAAAGUUGUACAUAAUGUACAUAAGUCAGCUCCCAGAAGGGGCAAUGAAGGUUUUUUUUUCUUUCUUUGUUAGGAAUAUUUGAAUGGAUGGGAUAUUUAGCCUGUGGAUAUUCAGACUGAGUGUUCUUGUUCCUUCAGAAAAGAAAAUAACUUGACGUUUGAUAUUACUAUGGGGUACAGUCAGGAAAGCAUUCACUGUAUUAACUUAAGGUUAUGCAGCACUGAGCAUCAGACAACCAUUAAGCCAUAAUUUUUGAGGUCCACUGUAUGACAUACUUGAGAAGCAGUUUUACAAGAUUUCUGGCUCCAGUGACAGAAAAUCUUGGAAGUAGACAACUUGACAUAAAUUUUCUAGUUAUCCUGAUAUUUGAGCUGAUCUAUAGCUAAAUUAUGCUUUGGGAGAGAUUUCUGUCUUGACCAUGUCUUUCAGUUACUAUACAGCUGCAGUAGGAGGUAGGCACAUAUAAUCUGGAAUUGAAGCUUUUUGUAUUUGUGAUGGAUUUGGGAUACUAAUAAAGAAUUGUCCCUUUUGGGUAAGGAAAUAAUACUGAUUUGGCAUGCAGCUGCAGAGAGGAGUUUAGAAGCAGUCUUGCCAAGAGAAGUUAAAAUAUUUAAAAUAUUUUAAAAUAUUGCUUUGUUGUUACAUACUAUAAAAGUCUAAAGUCUACUAUAAAAGUCUAAAGAGAAUGCA